GUUUAUAAAUAACCUUAUCCUCAGUUCAGCAUCCCAGGAACAUGUCAUAUUAAAACAAUAAAUAAAGUCUGCCGGUAUGUUUUACAGAAUCGUAUAAAGACUGCAAGGAUCUAAAACGAUCACCAACAACAGCGGUGUGUACACAGUCAGGCCAGAAGGGGCUGGUAAAUACAUUGAAGUGUACUGUGACAUGACAACUGACGGAGGGGGAUGGACGGUGUUUCAACGCCGUGUGAAUGGAUCUGUGGAUUUCUACCAAGUCUUCUCUUCUUAUGAACACGGCUUUGGAAGCGUUCGUGGAGAAUUCUGGCUCGGUUUGAAGUACAUAUAUGCCAUGACAUUCAACGUGCAAUCAGAACUUCGGAUCGACUUGAUGGCAGCUGAUGGAACCAUGGCUUAUGAAGUGUUUCCUAACUUUAACUUGUCGGCAUCACCUAGUUACACGCUGCAUGCUGACAGUGGGCAUGGAACUGCUGGUGACUCCCUUCAAGACUCAAGAGGAUAUCCAUUUUCCACGUAUGACAGAGAAGUCAACGGGUUCUUGUGUGCAAAACAUGACCACGGAGGCUGGUGGUACAAUGGUUGUACAUAUGCUAAUCUAAAUGGACAAUACCAAACGCCUGGAACAGAAAUUGGUAUUGAUUCAUAUGGCAUUUAUUACUCCAGCUUUUUGCAAACAAAUCAAGCACUGAAAGAAACAAAACUGAUGUUUAGGAGGAUAUAAUUGUGUAUCUACCGCAGUAUGGUACAAAACGCAAUACACUACGCA